UCCAGAGGCAGCUAGUGCAGCGACAGCUGGCCUGGACCAGGAGGCAGGCAGAGCAGAGGGGGGCUGUGAGGGGGAGUUCAUGGAUCUGCCGGACCUGCUCUGUCCCAUGCUGAAAGGACAGCAGUCGCCAUCCUGGGCCAUUUGCUGUUUGGCAUGCUCCAUCUCCCAGCCAGGACAGCAUCUCUUUCCCUCCUUCCCUCUGUCUGUCUGUCCUCCCUUGGCUCUGCUAGCUGCUGGUUAAAACUGGCUCUGAGGAGACAGUCGAAUUUCGUGGCCCUCGGCGACUUCUCACUUCCCAGCAUUCCUUACCCGGGAUCCCAGUGGCCCUGAAACAAUCCAUCGACCUGCGCACCUCCAUGGACGGGAAAUACAAGGAGAUAGCUGAGGAGCUGUUCUCCCGCAGCCUGGCGGAGAGUGAGAUGCGGAGCGCCCCUUAUGAGUUUCCAGAGGACAGCCCCAUCGAACAGCUGGAGGAGAAACGCCAUCGCCUUGAGCGGCAGAUUAGUCAGGAUGUCAAGUUCGAACCAGACAUCCUCCUCCGAGCCAAACAGGAGUUCAUGAAGACGGACAGUGCCACAGACCUGGAAUUUAUGAAGGAGCAGAGCCAGGCUCCUAAUCAGCAGGACAGAGACGUGGUCCAAGAGAGCGAGUACCAGAGAGUCAGUAUUUCUGGAGAGGAGAAAUGUGGGGUUCCCUUCACAGAUCUGCUGGACGCUGCCAAAUGUGUGGUGAAGGCUCUGUUCAUCAGACAAAAGUACAUGGGUCUGUCGCUGCAGAGCUUCUACAGGACCACGGCUCGCUACCUGCAGGAGCUGAGCGAGAGACCGCUCUACUUGGACAUCUACGAGGAAGAGGAGGAACUGGCAGAAACCACAGAGACCAGCUUCACUGCAGACACCACGGUGCACCCACCUGCUUCUGACACGCACCCGUACGAGAACCGGGACCCCGCCAGCAUGGCCCCCGAUGUGGGUUACGGCUGUAAGAUGGUGAACGGCGUCAUGCACGUGUACACCAGCAGGGACGUUAUGGAAAAGAACACAGAGCUCGACCUGCCGUACCCAGACCUGCAGGAGUACAUCGCUGAUAUGAACGUCAUGAUGGCCCUCAUUAUUAAUGGACCCGUAAAGUCGUUUUGCUAUCGUCGGCUUCAGUAUCUCAGCUCCAAAUUCCAGAUGCACAUCCUGCUGAAUGAGAUGAAGGAGCUUGCAGCACAGAAAAAGGUUCCCCAUAGAGACUUUUACAAUAUUCGUAAGGUAGACACUCACAUUCACGCUUCGUCUUGUAUGAACCAGAAGCAUCUUCUUCGUUUCAUCAAAAGAGCCAUGAAAAAAUAUCCAAAAGAGAUUGUGCAUGUGGAGAAAGGCAAAGGUCAGACACUCAUGGAGGUGUUUGAGAGCAUGAACCUGACGGCAUUUGACCUUAGUGUGGACACUCUGGACAUGCAUGCCGACCGCAACACCUUCCAUCGGUUUGACAAAUUCAACGCUAAAUAUAAUCCCAUCGGUGAAUCCAUCCUGAGAGAGAUCUUCAUCAAAACCGACAACUACAUCGAGGGGAAGUACUUCGGUCACAUUAUAAAGGAAGUGAUGGCGGACCUGGAGGAGAGCAAGUACCAGAACGUGGAGCUCCGGCUGUCCAUCUACGGCCGCUCCAGAAACGAGUGGGACAAGCUGGCCAAGUGGGCCGUCAGACACCAGGUCUACUCCAACAACGUGCGGUGGCUCGUACAGGUGCCACGACUGUUUGAUGUCUACCAUACGAAGAGACAGCUGUCCAACUUCCAGGAAAUGCUUGAGAAUAUCUUCAGGCCUUUGUUUGAGGUUACAAUCAACCCUGGCAGCCACCCAGAGCUGCACCUCUUCCUUCAGCAUGUUGUUGGCUUUGACAGUGUGGAUGAUGAAUCCAAACCAGAGCAACAUAUCUUCAACCUGGACAGUCCACUGCCAGCCAACUGGACAGAGGAGGACAACCCGCCAUAUUCCUACUACCUCUACUAUAUGUAUGCAAACAUGACAGUGUUGAAUCACCUGCGCAGGCAGCGCGGCUCUCACACCCUUGUUCUGCGGCCUCACUGUGGGGAAGCGGGGCCGAUCCAUCACCUGGUGUCUGGGUUCAUGCUGUCGGAGAACAUCUCCCAUGGGCUGCUGCUUAGAAAGGCUCCUGUGUUGCAGUAUCUGUAUUAUUUGGCUCAGAUUGGCAUCGCCAUGUCUCCUCUCAGCAAUAACAGCCUGUUCCUCAGCUACCACCGCAACCCUCUGCCAGAGUACCUGUCUCGAGGACUCAUGGUCUCUCUCUCCACAGACGAUCCUCUGCAGUUUCACUUUACCAAGGAGCCGUUGAUGGAGGAGUACAGCAUCGCUGCUCAGGUGUGGAAACUGAGCUCCUGUGACAUGUGCGAGUUAGCCAGGAACAGCGUCUUAAUGAGUGGAUUCUCUCACAAGAUGAAGAGUUACUGGCUCGGCCCAGACUACAUCAGAGAAGGCCAGGAGAGCAACGACAUCAGGCGCACCAACGUUCCCGACAUCCGUGUGGCGUACCGCUACGAGACCAUGUGUGAGGAGCUGAAUUUGAUCACGCAGGCCAUCCGCACAGAUGAGCUGGAGACCAUAGAGGAGGAGGGGGCAUUGUGUAUGGGAGCGGUGCAGGCAGAGAAGUGAACGUGCAGCACAGACGACUCAACACACAGGCCACGUUUCCACAUCUGGACAUUGUACCCGUUAGCAUAGAAACAUAUCACUUGUGAAAGAAAAGAAAAACCUUCCAUAUGGGAUGAUUACGAGCUGCUAACGUCAGAAAUUAAAACCUGUGUAUCUUCAGUUUUCUUCCUUUAGUUUCCAGGAGUCAUUUGUUUGGUUCCUGAUGCUUUUUUCCAAAAUGUCUCUUGACUAAGUUCUUCGAAGAGUAUCAUAGACUGUUCACAUAUUCUGUCACCAUUUACUGUAUGUCCAGUGUCUGUAACUGCUGUACCAAGUCUUGCACAUUUUCAAAAAUAUCAUGAAUAAUAAACAGGAUCCAAGAUUGACUGAGAAAAGAGAAAUCAUUUAAACAACAUAUAGGAUCAGAUUACUUGGUUACCUUUUUGGCUAUUUAGGAGGUUUGCCAAUGUUCUUUUUUUUCUUUUAUUUUAUCUCUGUUAGUCCUUCAUUAGUUGUUGUUUCUCGCAGCCACUGCUCCAGCAACAUCAAACCUAUAAUAACAUGAGUUAAAGAAGAGAAUAGAUAGAUUUACCAUCCUUGAAAUCUGACAGAUUCAGCAGAAAAAGUAAUAGUAGAGCCAUUUGCAGAGUUUGCAAACCUGACAGUGUCUGUCAAUUGGAAAAAAAAUAUAUAUAUAUAUAAUUUCACGGUAUGCUAGUAAAAGGGGCUAAAUACAAUAGCAAGUCACAAUUUUCAGAUUUCAUAUUUGAGGUUGUAACAUGACAAAAUAAAAAAAAACUAAAGCGGUAUAUUUCUAAGACUUAUUGCGGGAAUAUAAAAUGUACCACAUUACAUCCGGGCAUGUGUAGUAACAGUGUGGACCAAUGUGAAACUGCAAGACACCAAUUAGAGCAUAAAGAUGGACUUAAUGUUUUCCAUCCAUCCAUCCAUUUUCUUACACCCUUGACCACUAGCGGGGUCAGGAGGGGUGCUGGUGUCCUAUCUCCAGCGAACGUUUUGGCUGAGAGGCGCAGUACACCCUGGACAUGUCACCAGUCUGUCGCAGGUCCAACUUAAUGUUUUAACAUCAUUUAAUAGUUCACAGAUUACCAUUUUGAAACCUUUAUUUUUGGUAGGUGGUUUUUGGUCUUUCUGCAAAGUGACCACAUAAUUUUUCUCUACAUCCAAUAGCUGUGGGUGGAUAGUUAUUCUGUCAAACAGAGUUGGAUCUGUCUUGAAAAACAGAAAUCCAUUUAAAAGAAAUUGGUGAAGCAAAUCUUGUUUUCUAUGUAGUUUGCAUGUGGUCUCUGUACUCUCUGAAUACUCUUGUCCUAAACGUGCAUGUAAGACUUACUGGUGACGCUAAGCCACCUUAAGCUGUGUCUGCAUGGUUGUUUGCCUUCAUUGCUUACCCCACUGUGGAGUUGGAAUAGGCUCCAGCAUGGAAGCAUCUCUCUUUGGAUGGCAGCGUUAUUGCACUUUAGGUUUCUUACUUGGUGGCUUUACGUCUGAGAUUUUGUGCUCUGUACAUUUUAUAUAAACAGGUUAUAAUCAGAGGCAAUGCUUUAAUUGUUGCCCAUGAGCAACUGUGGCAACAUAGCUAACAAAUCAGAGAAGCCUUCACACACAUCAUCUUCCUUGAUUUUAUUAAAAUUCUCUAACUUAAACUUGAACAGACGUCAAAUGAACAAAUAAUUUUAACUUUGAUGCCCUUGCAUGUCAUUCACAGUAACUUCUGUUGAAUGUAGUUGCUGUCAAAUACAAUAAACAAUUCACGCAAUAACACCACUAGAAUUUCUUCACAAAUGUCCUGCAAACAUAAAGAUGUCCAAACUUAAAAAAAGGACAAAAUCUGUUUUAUGUGUGCAGAACAGGCCAGCAGGAUUAAAUUACAACCACAGAAACAUGUUAGAUGAUUGAGUUCCAAUCAUGUUGUACCAAAGAGAACAGCUCCAUCUUUAGUUACCUGCAACAUUUUGUUAUAUAUCUUAUUAGUGAUUCAUAAAGGUAGAAUGAGGACAAGUCAAUAUUUGGUCCUAAAGGAGAGUGAUACUACACUUCUGUAGUAAAACAUUAUACUAGAUUUACAACUCUGUAUCGGCUGAUGGUUUGACCUUUGAUUGCCACCAUGUGUUCUUUACAAAGACAUCUGAAUACAUGUCAGCUGUACAUGGUAUAAUCUAUUCCUUAAGUUUACACUCCUUGCACAUAUAGAGAAGUGCCAGAUAAAAAAAAGUUAUUUAUAAACUGAUAAUUGAUAAAGUGCAAAAUCAUUUUAAAACUCCUGCCUUAUGGAUCCUGGUGUCAUUAGGGCUACUUAAAAUCUAAAUGUUUCCUUUUUGAGAAUUGUAUAUCUGUCAUUUGUGGAGUAUUAUCGUGUCUGUUAAGAAUAAAUAUAAUUUAUGCUGUUAAA